AUGACACGCUUUACAACAGCCGCCAUGGAGAUCCCCGACCUCAAUCCCGAGGUACAGUUGUAUGCCAUCAAGAGCGGUCUCCGACCAGGGAAGUUCCAGGAGGCCAUAGCCGUCGCAAAACCAAAGACAUUGGAGGAAUUUCGAGACAAAGCAAUCGGGCAUAUCGAAAUCGAAGAGCUGCAUGAAACUCGGAGGAACGAGAAACAACCACUCCGAAAGGAAGAGGACAAACCUCAGACAAGGGACUCUAAGAGACCUUUCAGGUUAACUACGAAGUUUGACUCAUACACAAGAUUCAAUACAAAAAGAGAAGACAUUCUAAAAGAAAUACUACAUAACAAGCUAAUAAAGCCACCAAGCAGAGCCGGCUCAUACCAAGACCAGAGGUUUGUUGACAAAUCAGAGCAUUGUAUUUUUUACCAAAAGUUUGGGCAUACAACCGAUGAAUGCGUAAUUGCCAAGGACCUCCUGGAAAGACUGGCGAGACAAGGACACCUAGAUAAAUACAUAAGCGACAAAGCAAGACCAACUUCAGAAAAUCAAAGUGACCGACACCAAGAGCGAACUCCCAAUAUACCAGACAAGCUCAGAACACAACCUCCGCCGCCAAGGGGAGUUAUAAAUUAUAUUUCAGGGGGAUUUGCGAGUGGUGGUCAAACCAACUCGGCAUGCAAACGCAGAUUCCGAGAAAUGCUAACAAUGCAACAAACAAACGAGGCAACAACCCACAAACCACAAACACCGAACAUAUCUUUCAAACAAUCCGACUACCAAGUGAGGACGGAUAACCUAGACGAUCCGGUCGUAAUCUCUAUCCAAGCAGGAGAUAUCCUCGUGAAGAAAGUUCUACUCGACCCCGGCAGCAGUGCCGACAUACUUUUUUACUCCACUUUCAAGAAAAUGAAGCUCAGCGAACAAGCCAUGCUACCAUCCUCCGGAGAGCUAGUCGGAUUUUUGGGAGAACGUGUAUCUAUCCUCGGCAGCGUUUGGUUACAAAUAACCAUUGGAGACCAUCCCCUCAGCAAAACUAAGGAUGUGCAGUUCUCAGUUGUCAACUGCAACAACCCCUAUAAUAUCAUCUUAGGCAGGCCUUUUUUAAAUUCUUUUGGGGCUAUUGUUUCAACCAUUCAUCUUUGUGUUAAAUUUCAGGUACAAGGAGAUGAGAUAGCCACUAUACACUCCGACCACAUCAAAGCCCGACAAUGUUACAACGAGAGCCUGAAGAUAAGAUUGGAAAACAAUCAGAAAGCCAAUCCCAACAAGGGAAUAUAUGAUAUCACCAACGUCGUCGGCGUCACCGACCUCGAUCCCAGAGAGGAUCUUCAAGACAGGCCCGCACCAACAGACGACCUUGAAAAGGUACAAUUAGAUAACAACAACGACCAUUUUACUUAUAUAAGUUGUUCUCUUCUUUCAGGAACUAAAUAA